CUCUCCUAAGUUUCUAGCCUUUACAAUAACACGAUAAUUUACGGGUCUUCCACGAGUUGUCGGAUGAAAGUCAAACCCAAUUCAGAACAAAGACGUUAUUUAUAGUAAACGGUAUGGGAACGUGUAACGUACCCGAAUCUAUAUUAAGGAUAUCUUCGACCGAAUGCCUCCUCGACCGGUAGCGUCGCCACCGCGACGUAUCACUAGGUCCUCACUCGCGCGAUUCAGAUUCGGCGAUGACGGCUCGAGUUCUAAGGAGAAUUCAACACCUCCUCCAGCUACUGAUAUCGAAGAUGUAAUACCGAGCGCGACGACAACCGCGCGCAAGCGAAAACGCACUACGACCCUCGUCGCAGCCUCACCGCGUCGUACCGUCAAGACCGAAGAAGUCGAGAAGAAGACAGUAAUCAUAGCCCCGAAACGCCAACGCAAGCCCGCCCGCAAGACCGUCGACGAUAAUACAGGCGAAACGAAAAUCAGCGCACCCUCUGACUGGGAAGCAAUGUACGAUGCCGUCAAAGUGAUGCGCAGCGCGGGUGGUGCGGCAUCGAACGCAGCCGUAGACACGAUGGGUUGCGAGCGAUUAGCCGAAACCAGCGCCAGUCCGCGGGUCCGUCGUUUCCAGACGUUGAUCGCCUUGAUGCUCUCCUCCCAGACGAAAGACACCACCAACGCAGUCGCCAUGAAACGCUUACAAACCGAAUUACCACCUCAUACGCCUGGCGCACCGAUUGGUCUAAUUUUAGAGAAUAUACUUGCAGUUGACCCGGAGACGUUGAAUCAAUUGAUAUGGGCAGUUGGGUUCCAUAAUAAUAAGACAAGGUAUAUCAAACAGGCAGCUGAGAUAUUAAGAGAUCAGUGGGAUGGCGAUAUACCCGAUUCAAUUGAAGGCUUGGUCGCGCUGCCGGGAGUUGGACCUAAGAUGGCGCAUUUGUGCCUCUCGGCUGCUUGGGAUAGGACGGAGGGUAUUGGUGUCGAUGUACAUGUUCACCGUAUCACGAAUAUGUGGGGAUGGCAUACUACGAAGAAUCCCGAGGAAACAAGACUUGCACUACAGAGUUGGCUUCCACGAGAUCGGUGGCGCGAGAUCAAUUGGUUACUUGUUGGGUUCGGGCAGACGGUAUGUUUACCCGUCGGCCGAAGGUGUGGUGAGUGCGACUUGGGGUUAAGGGGCUUGUGUAAGGCUGCUGAGAGGAAAAAAGUUCUUGAGGGGAGGAAGAUGCGGGAAAAUGUUAAAGUGGAGAAGAGUGAGAAUGAUGGGGCGGUGGUGAAGGUUGAAGAGAAAGAGGAUGAAGAGAUUGUUGAAAAGGACGUUAUCGUGAAUAACGAGGACGUUCCAGAAGACGCCAAGAAGGAAUCAGAGACCUCCGAUGGAAUUGUCUCAGUGCCGGAGCGCACUCCGCAACAAAGAGAUAAUGUUCCAAAACGGCAAGCAAGGUCAAAGGGAAAAAAAGUAGGCAAUAAUUAGGUUCACGAUGUAAACAAAUGUAUAGGCUGUAAAAUAUCACAAGGCACAGGAGAUUGUAAAGUCAUUGUGUGUAAAAAUCAACGUAUUCAUGGAGGUCUUCGGUCC